CGUCAGCCUCUCCCAUGCAGGUUGUGGGAUUGUGGUAUUCGUCGUCGUUCGCACUUUAAGUUGGCCCGCAUCAUGAACACGUCAAUUCUCUCGAUCCUAUGGCAUGAUGAAUUUAGUGCUGCGUUGGGGCUGGCGUCGUGGCUCCGUCUGUCCCAAUUGUCUCGCGGCUUUCGAUCGGCGAUGCAGUCCGCGACGCCGGCGGAUGUCCUCGUGCUACCGCCUCAGACGACGCUCAGCACCGUGGCUUCUCUCCAGCACUCGUGGCCGCUACUUCGAAUGUCUUUCGAAGCGUCGGCCAUCCACAACCACACCCUUGACCUCCAAACUCUGUCUCAUCUGCACGCGCUGUCCAUUUCCCGGUGCCACGCCUUUGACAACGUGCAUGCAUUGAACCAGCUGCACUCUGUCACAUUGGACAGCUGCGACGGCGUCGUGGACAUCAGCGGACUCGCGGCCGCGCGCUCGCUUACCCUUCGCAUAUGCCCCCACAUCACCAACGAAUCCCUCUCAACCCUCACGCAAAUCCAAUCACUCACCGUCUACCGAUGCCUCCAGCUUGCUGAUUUCACGCAUUUGACUGCAUUGCGCCAGUUGUCUGUUGAAGCAACCAAUCAGCACACGACCGCUGUCCAAGUGUGCGCACCGCACCUGGAGUUCGUCCGGCUCGUCCUCGUGACGUACAACCCAGCCCACAUCGCGCAUGUACCCACCGUCGAGCUCGUGCACUCGCUGGAGUUGCAAGUGGCGACCAGUCGCAAGGCUUUUCACUCGUCGUAUGCGUGCCACCAUUCCCGACUCACCGACGUAACGUGGCUAGCCAACGUCCCGCACGUGGACGUGACCGGCAGCUGGUGCCUCCAACACGUCAGUAGCCUCCGGCAUGCGACGUCUGUCAACCUCACGGGGUGCUCAGCCGUGGCGGAUGUGUCCGCCUUGGCCAACGUCACUUGCGUCGACCUCACGCACUGUUUCCGCGUCACGGACGUGUCAGCUCUGGGGUACGACCAACUUUUUCGAAUCCACAAUAGUAUCCUCAAUUGUUCAACUUGCCGCGUGCGUCAUGUCAACCUGACAGGGUGCUGGAACGUCCGAGACGUGAGUGCAUUGGGCAAUGUACACACGUUGAACCUCACGGGCGUCGGCAAACUCAUGUCCAUCGACGGGCUUGAGAAUGUGCAUACUUUAAUUUUGUCUGGGAAUCGCUUCAUCACGAGCUUGCCACGUCAUUGCACGACCCAGUACAUGUCCAUAUCCGAUUGCAUUCAAAUCAACGACUUGACGCCGUUGCAUGGGGUCCCCACCGUCCACCUCGACGGCCUCCGCCAAGUGCGUAGUGUGGCGGCGCUAGCUAAGGCGACGAACGUGGACAUUUCAAACUGUCCCUUACUGUCCGACAUAUCCCCCCUCGCAACUGUGUCCAAGGUUCGGCUGGCGAACUGUCGUGGGGUUGUAGACGUGUCGCCGUUGAGCCACGUCAUGAGAUUGACGUUGGAGCGGAUUCCGUUUCAAAGUGCGGCCGCGUUAAGCCAAAUUAAGCACUUGACCAUCGAACGGUGCUGGGGGUUCCAGCGGUGUGACCUCUUGCCCCGUACGACGAAAUUGAAUGGCUGUGGAUGCGCCGACCACUUGUUUACGCAAUCCUAGAAGUAAAUGUACCGUCAAUAUACUCCGGAAUACUACGUAAUAAUAUAGUCGCGACUGGUAA